UUGUUUUUUUGCUUCUUGUUUUGUUGGCGACGUUGGCGACGCGCGAACGGAACUGAUGCUUUCGUAAACUCUGUUGUCUGCAUCAGCUGGAAACACGUGUGCAUCCACCAGUGAGAAUGUCCAGCUUCCUAAGCAUCGCCUUGUCAGUGACAUGCAUCAAGUUGCUCUUCAUAACUGCCUAUCGAUCCACGGACUUCGAGGUACACCGCAACUGGUUGGCGAUCACGCACACUCUGCCAACGUCGAAAUGGUAUUUCGAGAAAACCUCCGAGUGGACGCUGGAUUACCCGCCGUUGUUCGCCUGGUUUGAAUACGUGUUGUCCCAGGCCGCUCAAUUCGUAGAUCCCGGGAUGCUGGACAUAGCUAAUCUCAAUUAUGCCAGCUCUGCGACCAUCUACUUUCAAAGGCUCACGGUUAUAUUAUCCGACCUGGUCCUUAUUUACGCCGUUUGGGUGUGGCAAGUGAUCAUUUCACCCGCAAACAGAGACCGCUCUUCAAAGCGCGAAGACCCCUGGCUUGACAAGAACACCGUGCUCUCAAUGUUGUUUCUUUGGAACCCUGGUCUGUUGCUUGUCGAUCAUGUGCACUUCCAGUACAAUGGUUUUCUUCAUGGAAUCCUAUUACUCGCUACAGCUCGCCUCUUUCAGGGGCGCUGUGUUGAAGCAACGUUAUGGUUCACCGUUCUGCUUAAUCUGAAGCACAUUUAUUUGUAUGUGGCGCCAGUAUUCUUCGUGUACCUUCUGGGAAACUACUGUUUCACGCAGCCCUCUGGAAAAGCUCCUCAAUCUUUUUUGCAGAAGUUUCAGCCCAUCCACUUCUUGAGGUUGGCCGGAACAGUGCUGUUGGUUUUUGCCAUUUCACUGUGGCCAUUCUUGAGCAAGGCUCAGCUAACGCAGGUGUUUCAGAGACUGUUUCCCUUCAAAAGGGGCCUCUGCCAUGCCUACUGGGCUCCCAACUGGUGGGCACUCUAUGCAGCUGUGGACAGAGCGCUGGCAUUCACAGGUAUUGGGUCUGGCAAGUCUGCAGCAAUUACAAUUGCAUCACCGACCUCUGGCCUGGUGCAGGAUACCCACUUCACGUUGCUGCCUAAUGUGCCACCGCUCAGCACGUUCAUACUGACAGCCCUAUUUCAACUGCCCGCUCUGUGGGGCCUGUGGAAGAGACCACAGGAGCCUUGGUUGCUGGUUCGUGCCCUGGUUCUGUGCAGCCUCAGCGCUUUUCUGUUUGGCUGGCAUGUCCAUGAGAAGGCUAUACUGAUGCCUGUUCUGCUAGCCACCCCACUAGCCCUGUGUAGCUCCGCCGAUGCAGCUGUGUACGUGAUCCUCUCGGCAGCUGGCCAUGCCUCUCUCUUUCCCCUGCUUUUUCGAUCAGCCGAGAUGCCUGCAAAGGUCCUUCUGGUGCUGCUGCAUAUAGUUUAUGCCAUGUGCACACUUGGCAAACUUCACAGCAGCAAGGUCAACCAUAAGUGGCGAUAUGCACCACCCGCACAAGUUGCCAGGCACGCUGGGACGUUGCUGACCUGGUUUGAGCAAGCGGGACUUUGCGUCUUGGGCCUGGCAGUAGUCGUGUACGGGGAACUGCUCCACCCUUUCACGCUUCUCGCCACGCGCAUGCCGUUCUUGCCUCUCAUGGUGACAUCCGUGAGCUGUUCUGUCGCUAUCAUCUAUGCGUGGGCCAAGUCGUGGCAGCUGUGGUUUCUUCAACCUUCGAGAGACAUUUGAUUAACGAAGAAUAACGUCAGCUAAGUAAUGUUCGCUGCCUCAACUGAAUGUUCGAUAAAAGAAAAAUACUUUUACAAUGAAACGUACAUUGUAAGAAACACGUCUUCGAAAGGAUAAAACCCGAGUGGCAUUUUAAAAGUUUUCGUGAAUGAGGAUUCCGUGUGAGGGCCGAGACAUCACUGCUUUGAUGUUUUAUUCUUGCCCUUGUGGUAGGUUUCCGUAUUUCACGAAGAAGGGUGAAGGGGCCUUAUAUUAAAUUGCUAUGCGCAACUACUAUUUAUCGUUUUCAAACAAGGAUACUUUCUAUAAGUUCUUGUGCGCAUGUUUCUGGGAUGCACCUGUUUGUGUUUGCAAAUUCUGUGCAGCUGUAUGGUUUUUCAUAUCACCAAUCUCGAAUAAACUUAUGUGUCAACAAUGAAAUGAGGCGGCAGAUAUACCAAAGAAAGACAUUAACGUUACAAUAUCAUUGGUAAAUUAGCAUUGAUACCACAGCAUGUUUUCUAGUUGGCCUUUUUCUAGCCGCGGUACGUUACUAGUGAUAUGUGCCUGAUACUGUUUCAUAUAAUGCACUGCUUGUCUGGAAAGCAAGAUCCCACCGAUAUUGAAAAUAACUGCCAAAUUGUUUUCCAUUGAACUUAUUAGUUUAUCUCACUUGUAUGUGCACACUAUUACCCACACAAUGUAGAGUACAGAGGACCGUUGCUGGCAGUAGACAUCUUCUGGUCUUUGUCGUUACUACGAUGCAUCGACACAAAUUCUUUGCAUAAUUUCUGCUUUUAUUAGGCACCGUUAGGCAGAACUCUUGGUAACCUUAAAAUUUUCUCAUGUACAGCAGAUGAAUUCGUUGAAUUUUCCCGUCUUUGAACAUGCGCAGAUCCAGGGUCGGGGCUGAAUACUCAUCAGAUGCGUGUAAAUUAUUGUUACUGAUUAUAGGUAUCCGUGCAAUCAUCAUCUCAAGAUAGGACCCCCUCUCUCUCGAAAAAGAAAGGGCUGUAUUUGUGGAAUGCCAAACUCUAGGAAACACGUUGACACGUACAACAAGUCAAAAUGCAAUGAAAUUAAUUGAGUUAUUGCUCCUAAUGAGCUUUGUUUGAGCCAUGUGGCAACUAGCCAGAUAAUUGUGGUUGGCAGCUAUGUAUUCGUCAUCUGUACUUUGCAAGUUUUCUUUGAUCUUCCAAAUCCAUUCGUCUGCAAGCCCGUUCUCAGACAUACACCAUUCUUCCACUACACUAAUCUUUCACGACUUGUUUAUGAGAGGAACUGCACAGAAGCCUUCAACUGCUGCCUCACUGACACUGCUUUUUUGUUUGCAAACGGAACUUACCUUGCAGAUGUAAAUUCUGUGAUAAAACACUGCCCAAGGUAUUGAAAUAAAUUUCCCACACUUUAUCUCAUGGUUAGCAAAAAGCAUUGAUAAGUUUCCUUGCAACCAUGUUAUAACUUCUCUGCCGUGCAUUGUUCUUUUGUGUCUGUGUGUGUACUACGCGUGUCCAAAUUGGAGCUGCACUUUUUGUACAGCACACUCUACUCCUAAUGGGAACACCCAAAUAAUGUCCAAAACAACAUAACCGACACACAUCACCAACUUCACAGGAAAAAUGUGGGUGUAAUGACACAUUAGUUAAACCUGUAAUAGCAAACAACGCAUUCACAUCAAAACUUGCCUCCAGUAAAUCCUGAAACACUGCUCCCAUUAGCAAGUACAUCGUACCGUACAUUUCGCACAGACAUAGUCACAGUGUGGUCACAGUCUUUAAGAAAAAAAAGAGAGAGACGCAAGUACAUGCAUGAAUUCUUGAGAUGAGGACAUUCUUGUAAAUGGGACGCGAGUGUAUAUUUUUUCAUGGCGUCAGAAAUGUGCUAGUUUUGCACUCUUAUUUUAACACACAUUUUUUUCUCCUCAAGGUUUUGGUGAUCUCGUGGCUAUAGUUUCAAAUCUUGCCACUUGUAUGGAAGCUGCACAUGGAGUCUUCCUUUUAGGAAGGUGACCAUAUAAACACACGUUUUUUUACGUGUACGAAUGUCCUCUGUUUAGCAUUAACUGCCGUCUACGGUGUGAGAAGACGUGUUAUACACUUGAACUCCUGUGCCAUGUUGUGAAAGGAAGUCAAGAAUUGCCUCAUGUGUGUGCUUCUUAACACCGAUGCCUCUUUUUGUAUUUCGUAGUUGUGCUAGUCACAGAUUGUUCACAAUAAAUGACCUGAAUAUUGAGAUUUAUUGUGUAUGGUGUAAUCGGACUGUACACCAACAAGCUACAAAGAACUCAUCUUUCGUGUGCAAGUCGUAAAAGGUCAAUGGGAAUGAAUGUCUGGACUGCGUAACAAGUUUAGCUUUAGACAUUUUUAGCUGCAGAGUAACUUUUCUGCAAAAUUUUACAUUUCAGAUAUGCAUAGAUGCAUUGCAAAGAUGUUAAGAUGUGUUUUUUUGUAUUGAAACUACAAAGUGAGCUUAAAGCCACUUCAUUCGAAUUUUGGCUCCACUGGACACAAACUCAGAGAAGCAGUUGAAGUCGUACGCAGGGCAGCCUAUUUAAAACAAAGUCUUGCGAUUAACUGUCAUUAUGAAUGCUUCUGUCGACCAGCUCACCAAGCCACCAUCUGUAUGCUUGCCUGUCCUAGCCAAACAUGCCAGUGUUGUCCAGCUAAACAUAAGUCAUUGUGUGAGUAUGUUAUGUUGAAUUCCAGAGGCAGAGUCGGAGCAGCCGAUGGACUCUGGCGUAGAGCAACACCUCCAAAUUUGCGAUUGGAACACAAUCCAUGCCACCGAAGCAAGCAUGUGAGCAAGAAGGAAGCGGAAGUGCUUGAGUUGCCCAGAAUACCUUGCGUGUAGUUAUUCCAUUUUGCUAAUUGCGCUGUCGAAUUCCCGCUCGUAUACGCGGUAGUUUCAGCAUCGCUGUCGCUAGCCGAUGGAUCGCUCGUGCAGGAACUGGAGUUUUCCGACUCUGAGCUGUCGCUAUCGAUCAGCGGAAGCAAUGCCGCACGAUUUGCCCAGACACCCAUGUCGUCCGCCAUUACUGUCAAAACACACGACAGCGGCUGUGCCUCCAAGCAGGCAAACGUGUUAAAGGAAGUACGUCACACCGAGUUCCGGUCGACUCCUCCGAUCUUGGCGGAGCAACUUUUCCUGCUCCAUGGAGCGAUUCCCGCUCUGAAUCCGCUCCAGUUCUCCCAUUGGAACGCUUGACUCCCGCCCUCACUCUGCCAUUGAAACAUACUUGCUCCAAAAGGAGCAGGAAAGCUUGCUCCAACUCUGCCAUUGGAAUUCAACAGUAGAAACUUUAAGGGUUCUAUCAGCCAAGUGCAUUGUCCAAUGUGUGGGUUUGCAUGGAGUCCUUUGAAGUGCUCCUCUAUGUUGAAAAUGGUGCAAAUAAAUCUGAGACAUGUUUAAAUAACCCAGAACAUGUUACGUUUAUUAAUUCUAGCUCAAGUGCAAAGCUUCAGCUCGUGUUUACUUGUCGUUGGCAAAGUCAGCAGGGUUCUUGCGCAUCGACUUCUUGUGCUCACGCUCGCCCCAGUCAUAGAUGAGGUA